AAGCCAUACUUUUUAAAAUGCCUCUGCAAACAAAUGAAUUAUUUUAGUAACUGUGGUCCAAAUACUUGCCUUUAUUUUGAACAUCAUUUAAAAUGGUUGAAACAUUCUCAUCUUUCUUUUAAAAUAUGGCAUAAUAUUUUGUUAUGGUUAUACAGCAAGAUGUUUACUGUGAUGUAGGUGUACAGAUUAAUUCUGGGGUCACUGUGCGUCACUUGUGCACAUCACAUGGCUGCCUAGUAAUGUCAAUACCUUUGUACUCGAGGAUGUAAAUGGAAAAACCUACCUGCUGUUACCUUCUGAUUUACUAUUACUCAGGAGUUAGACUUUGACCUCAGCUUUUCAGAGCAGGAAUUUCAAAAUAUUUGCUCUUAAGCAGUGCACGGAGAAGACAGACUUGAGGAUAUGACUAAAUUCUGGAGUAAUCUGAACCUAGAUUUGAAGAUUUGCAGUUAAACUUGUUUAGGAUUUUCUCUAAGGUGUUAAAAAGUACAGUCAAGAAUGUAUGGGGGGAACCAUGUACCAGUUUUCCAGUCAAGAGGCUUCUCACCUGAGCCGCCGUCCCAGGGCUCUGGCAUGUCUCGUCCUAGUGCCAAAUCCAUCUACAUGCAAAGGAAGGAGUAUGCAGAAUCAAUCAGCAGACAACAAGACAACUUUCAUUACAGAGUAGAGCACCUGUUCACCUGUGUGUUAGAUGGCAGAGAGGUGAGCAGCAUUGAUGACUGCGUGAACAGGUUAAAGAAUAUGGACAGUAAAGGGAAAGUGUGGGGUCAGGACAUGAUCCUGCAGGUCCAGGCAAACCAGCUACAGCUGUGUGAUAUAGAGACCAAGGAGGUUUUGGAGUCUGUGCACUUGAGUAGCAUCAGGGCGACGAGAGCUGUUCUGGACAGUUGUGUGUAUGACUCCCUUCUCAUUAUCUCAGUUCAGGAUCCUAGCCAGAGAGCUCCACAGGCCUUCCUGUUUCAGUGUGAGGAGACUGGGGCUCAGGAGGUGGCAAAUGAUCUGGAAAAGGCAAAACAGCAAGGAGGGGAUGCCACACCACCGCUUAAAGAACCACAGAUGGACAUCAGGAGCCAUUUGGAAAGCAUCAUUGGUCGGGGUUAUCCAGGGAGCAUGAAGAGACCAGCUCUGCAGUCAAACUCUCCUCCCCCAGAAUUCCCACCUCCUCAGUACAACAACUAUGAAGACUAUGGUGACCACUUGAAGAAUGACAGAAUGCAUUCACCCAUUAUGCCAUUCGCCAGAGAUGAAGCCCCUAACAGGCCAAUGCAGUCUGAGGAAGACCAGACUCAACCUCCAUUCAGUGAUGUAGAGAGAGAUUCGGAGAUUUUCAAUCAUGUAGCGGCCGACAUUGAGACCUUCACAUAUAAAGUUGGCUCAGCUUUGCCAAAAGAUGAUGGAAGCAAGAAAAAGAAAAAGAAAAAGAAAAAUGCUUCAAAAAAAUUUGUUGCAAGUAUUCCCCCUGUGGAGGAGUACAUAUCCUAUCUGCAGAAAAUAAAGUAUGGCUUCAACCUUCUGGGGAAGCUAGAUGGUCACCUAAAAAAUCCUCCUGCUUUUGAUUUGGUUCACAGUCUCUUUUCUUCCCUUGCUUUUAUCGUGAGUCAGUAUCCUCCAAACAUCCCUCCCACAGUGCUGAGUCAACUGCUCACAGAAAAAGCCCUGCAUCUCCUGGGAAAAUGUGUCACACCAAAUGAGGACGUACUGUGGGGCAGUUUGGGUGAUGCCUGGGGCAUCCCAAGAUCCAAAUGGCCAAACGGGGAUCAGAUCCCUCCGUAUUAUCCCGAAUUUUAUGACGGUUGGCAGCCCCUUCCUCCCGGCCCAUCCCAGUCCCCUCCCGGCAGCAGGCAGCUGUCACGGAGCAACAGCGAGCGCUUCCCACCCGGAAAUGCCAUGCAGAGGUCACCUGAACAGGACAACAGAGCUUGGAACACACCAUCCGUGCGGUCAGCUGAGCUGCCGCUCUACAUGAGGGUGAUCUAUGACUUCAUGGCCAGAAACAGUCAGGAACUGAGUGUGAUGCAGGGUGACAUGGUGCAGGUAACCGACAAGUCCGGGCAAUGGUGGAAAGUGAAGAACAGUCGUAAUGAGGAGGGUUAUGUGCCUCAGAAUGUUCUAGAGCCUGCUGAUGGACAAAGGCCAACACAAAAUAUGAGAGGACCUCCAUCUCUAGAUAUGAAUUCUAGACCAGAGGAAGUUAAAGCCUGGUUACAGUACAAAGGCUUUUCUAAAAUGACAGUCCAGAAUCUUGGGGUGUUUAAUGGAGCAAUGUUGCUGGGAAUGAACCGUGAUGAUAUCAGAGCAAUAUGUCCUGAGGAAGGAGGUCGAGUCUUCUUCCAACUGCAGAGCGUCAGAUCCACCAUUGCACUUGCCAGUGAGGCUGAAUACAGUCAGUAUGGUGGCCGCUGAUAAUCUGAGGACAUUGGUGUAUUUUGAUAUCAAGAAUCUGAAUGUGUCUGGACCUGAAUGAACAAGAACUAUUCAGUAAAAACCUAAACAUUUCCAUUCAUUAGACACAGUUCAUAGUUAUUAUAUUACCCUUCACAGAUGCAAAUGAUGUAUACAUGUAAUGCAUUCCUUUUAUUUAUUUGAUACGGUUGUUCCGUUAAAUUGAUUUCCACUGAUGUCACUGGGGUGGUGGGCCCUUUUUAAAUUAUAUGUUAUUUAGCUGUUAUAUGUGCUGAAUGAAAAUGAAUCAUGUCAGUAACACUCUGAUCCUGACACUGUUUCCUUAUUGUGCAUUGUAUAUUAAUAAAUGGUCAAUAAACAAACACAUUUAAGUUGA